GCUCCCGUCCCCUGCCGCUGGGUCGCUGCUGAUGCCGAGCGGCGGAACGGCUCGGCUCGUGUGUUUCUACGUGCGGCUACAACCGCAGUUGCCAGACUCAAAGGCGAAUGAAAGCGGAGAGGAACUUCAGAAAUGACGACGGAAGGUCCGAGUGGUUCCUCACCAUCCCGGCAGCUGUAACGUCGGCGGAAGACACCCGUGGGUUUAUCAGAGGUGAGAAUGCGGCUGUGAAUCACUGAGAAAAUAUCCUCCCCCUACUCGCCCUGGACCACUCCGCUCAGCCUCCCAAUCUGACUCCGCUGCUGCUGCCGAUGGUGACGAUGCUCUAAACGCAACCUGCCUGUGGUUCCUCCGGUUCAACCUUGAAGGGAUCACUUUGCUUGAUAUCAAAUCAGCAGCAGAAUGAUCGAGGAAGGCAGCAAACGAGGAAAGGCCAUGGUCGAGAAGAGACAGCUCUUCAUGGAAAUGAGAGCACAAAACUUUGAUGUUAUCAGAUUGUCAACUUAUAGGACUGCAUGCAAACUCCGGUUUGUCCAAAAGAGAUGCAACCUCCAUCUGGUCGAUGUCUGGAACAUGAUCGAAGCUUUCCGAGACAACGGGCUCAACACGCUGGACCACAACGCUGAGAUCAGUGUGUCACGACUGGAGACCAUUCUGUCUUCCAUCUACUUCCAGCUCAACAAGCGGCUGCCUACCACACACCAGAUCAAUGUGGAGCAGUCCAUCGGGCUGCUGCUGAACUUCAUGGUGGCCACCUAUGACAGUGAAAGUCAUGGGAAGCUGACUGUUUUCUCAAUGAAAGCCAUGCUGGCAACAAUGUGCGGAGGAAAAAUCGUGGACAAGCUGCGCUAUAUUUUUUCACAGAUCUCUGACUCAAGUGGAGUCAUGGUGUUCGCAAAGUUUGAUCAGUUCCUCCGGGAGGUGUUGAAGCUCCCCACAGCAGUAUUUGAGGGCCCGUCAUUUGGCUACACGGAGCAUUCGGUGCGGAUGUGCUUCCCCCAGCAGAAGAAGAUUAUGCUGAACACAUUCCUGGAUGUGUUGAUGGCAGAUCCUCCUCCUCAGUGUCUUGUAUGGUUACCACUCAUGCACCGACUUGCUAAUGUUGAAAAUGUCUUCCAUCCGGUAGAAUGUUCGUAUUGCCGGAGUGAGAGCAUGAUGGGUUUUCGGUACCGGUGCCAACAGUGCCAUGGCUACCAGCUUUGCCAGAGCUGCUUCUGGCGCGGCCAUGCCAACGGCCCCCAUAGUAACCAACACCAAAUGAAGGAGCACUCAUCCUGGAAGUCUCCGGCCAAAAAGCUGAGCCACGCAAUCAGUAAAUCCUUGGGCUGCGUCCCCAUCGGAGAGCCGCCACACCCCGUGUUCCCCGAGCAGGCUGAGAGACCUCAAGAGCUCACCCAUACUGUUCAGCCGAAACCAGCAACCAACAACAUGAACGACACAAUGCUCAUGUCCUCUGGGGCACCUACUCCUACCAAAAGUGUCUUGGAGAGUCCCAGCCGGUUGGAUGAAGAGCACCGGCUCAUUGCAAGGUAUGCUGCGCGCCUUGCAGCUGAGGCGGGCAACUCCACACAACAGUGUCCUCCAACAGAUCUGAGUUUCAACUUUGAUGCCAAUAAGCAACAGAGACAGCUGAUUGCAGAGCUGGAGAACAAAAACAGGGAGAUCUUGCAGGAGAUCCAGAGGCUCCGUUUGGAGCAUGAACAGGCCUCUCAGCCCACACCAGAAAAAGCCCAGCAGAACCCAACGCUUCUGACGGAAUUGCGGCUCCUCAGACACAGGAAGGAUGAGCUGGAGAGGCGCAUGUCGGCCUUGCAGGAGAGCAGGCGGGAGCUGAUGGUUCAACUGGAGGGUCUGAUGAGGCUGCUGAAGGAUGAGGAGCAGAAGCAGGCUUCUCAGUCUGGAGGCUCCCCUCAUUCUUCUCCCAGUCACGGCGCCGGCUGCUCCAUGCCCAUGCCCAUUCGAUCCACUUCGGCCGGGUCUACCCCAACUCACACACCGCAAGACUGUCUGGCAGGCGUGGGAGGAGAUGUGCUGGAGGCCUUUGCUCAGGGUGUACCCAGAAACCUUCGCAAUGAUCUUUUAGUUGCUGCUGACUCAAUCACAAACACUAUGUCAUCGCUGGUGAAAGAGCUCCACUCAGUGGAUGACGGGGCAGAGGAAGAUGAGACCAACAUGAGGAAUGGUGGAGACAGAGGUGGGUCCAGGCACAGUGAGAGUUCAAAAGCACUGAGGGGAAGAGAUCACUAUCCCAGCCUGCAAGGACAUCCAGUCAUCAGCUGGGAAGAUUCGACAUCAGCAGGAAGCCCCUGGGAUUAGCACAUAGAGUAAUGCAUGCAUCUAAUCUAAAAAGGAUUUCACUAUGUGAAAAAAAUAAUAAUAUGAAAAUCUUCACACUUUGCUCUUCGCAAGAUGUGUCUAAUUAGCAAGUGUGUAUGUUGUCCUGUAAACAAAAACUGCUGUAAAAAUUACACGAAACAAUUUCCCUCAUGACUCCAAGGGAAUGGCUUGCUGUGCUUUUUGUCCUAUUCCUGCAGAUCAUCCUGUACAUAAACUGCUGUAACCACACGGAGCCUUCUCAUGAAGGAGACGUCUUUAUACCACCGGUUCUUUGUCAUGGCUCUUUGAGUAGUUGACAUUUAUUUCAGAUGUUUAUUUUCUUUUUAGGUUCAGCAUGAAGUUGUCUGGAUUUAGGUGCUGUACUGUGCAAUGCUAUGCCAGGUCUUUGUUGGUUUAUAAGGACCGUCAGAAGUGUCCUCCAAAUUCAUGCUACUUGUGCUUACUUGCACAGCAAAAUUCUGGAGCUAAACUUGGUAUUGUGAGUAGAAGCUAGAGGAGACACAUACUGAUUUUUGUUCAGUUAUUGGUUUUAUUUGAUUUUAUUUUUUUUCACACUUUUUGGAUUUGCUUUACUGCCAUGAAGGCAGUAAGAGAAGGCCAGUGGAAUAAGCAAACCCCUGCUUAAGGUUCCCACACCAGCAGAAUGUGCCCAGGAGCCCUGAAAUUCUCACACUACAUAUCUGAAGGUUUGUUUUUACUAUGAAACCAGGAACCAUUUUUCCCUGAACUUUCACUUAUCCAGGCCAUUUCUGGUGAGCGACCGAGGUUCACUGGGAGUGUCAGACUGGCUCCUGUUGAGAAAUUAAAAGCCGUGACUUUCAGCAAUAAAACUAUUUCUAUGAUUCUCUCACAGUGAUUACAGUUUAUACCUUAUGUGGGGUCAUCACAAGCCUAUAGAAAGGUGUAACUGUUACAAAUUUUAAAGGGAUUUUGCCAAUGCUGACUUCCAUACUCUCUUACCCUCAAUUAUGAAGUUGAAAAUAUUUUUUACCAGUUCCACAAAACUCCAUACAAAGGUUCAUAGUAAAGGCAAAAGUACCACCUCUCUGCCAGUGCUUUUUUACCAUUGUGAAUCAAUGGAAACGCAGGAAAUGGUUCCUCAUAAAUGAAACAGUUGUUAAACUUUGUUACCACUGAAAAUCAGUAUGUGAAAUGGUUAAAAUCUAAUUUUACAAGAGGUUCUGAAUUUUGUGACAGUUGCCACAUAACAUAACCUUUAUUUAAAACAAGUCAUUGUUUCACAGUUUUGUUUUACAGAGCAAACAAAAGGAGAUGAAGCCAGUCUGGUGUUUGUAUAAGUUGUCUCAUAAAUCGCUUGGCAUAGGAGCAAAUAAAGCUAAUUUACCUCGAUUCUAAGCUAAUGAUUUCAGGGAAUAACGCAGUGAAAAAAGCUUUGGCAUUAGAGCUUUUGUUCAUCUGGUACUUCAGUAAGAAGGGGCAAACAAGCCACAGCUGGCAUCCAGAAUAGCCUGUGCACAUGAACACACUAGCUGAGUCACGUACUACUCUGCUGCUAAUGUGAUCUUGGUGGGCAACGCUUGCCAAUAAAGGGGAGUGGUGGCCUAGUGGUUAGAACAGGAGGUUUGUGUUCCAGAGGGGACACAAGGGGCCAGGUUCGUAUCCCACAGAUUACCACUCUGGGUCCCUGAGCAAGACCCUUAGCCCCAGAAUGCUCCCCGGGCACCGCACAAUGGCAGCCCACUGCUCCCUGUAAGGGAUGGGUUAAAUGCAGAGGACAAAUUUCGUUGUAAUGUACAUGUGCAAUGACCAAUAAAGAUGAUUAUAAGAGGGCUGCCGCAAACACAACAAAGAGCCAAGUCUCCUUUACUCCCAGAGAAUACCACCUGCAGGGCACUGUAACACUCAACGCAGCACGGUGCCUCCUUCCAAAGGAUACUGAGUGGCUGCUAGUCUCAGUGUUUAUUGUGCAAGGAAGUACUUCAGCACAGUAGUGGGUUAGACACUGUGUUUCAGAUCAGAAUUUUAACAGACACUCAUCCAGUAUGAGAGGCUGAAAGGCUAGUAGAUAGUGCUUCAAGUAGCUUUAUUCAGGUGAUGAAAGUGGACAGAAAAUUUUAAUGUGCAAUGAAGGUAUGUGCUCAGGGACUGCAGAGCUACAGUUUGCUGUAAAAGUCCUUAAAUGUGAGAAAUAUGUCACCUCAGACUGGUUGGUCACAUAUAAAACAAUAUUGGACUUGCUUCUGAUCACAUUUAUAGAAUUUUAUCAAGACUUUCCAAAGCACAUCUUGUCAGUAGUUUUGGUCUGUUUUAGUUAGAAACUCUAUAUGCCUGUGCAGAAAUCAGUAGUAAAUAAGUUGAAUUAUGGCCACAUUUGUUGGCACCCCUGGUAAAGAGCCUGAAAAUAAAAUCACAUUUUACUGCAGCUGUAUAAUCAUAGACGGACAUUUUUAGAAAAUCUAAUCUUUCAUUUCAAUACUUCUUGAGUUUAACAAAAAUAAUUAACUGCACAAUUAUUGAUACUUCGAACAAUCCAAUUAAAAUAAAAGUAUGCUUAACCCUUUUUAAACUUCACAGUUUCUAGGAAGUUCUAAAAAGUAAUCGAUGCCUUUUUGUUUCCCUGGAUCAUAAAUAUGAGCUGACAAAGAAACCCAUUUUCUUUAACCGCUCUCCUGGACGAGUUCAGUCUGCUGUGAAGCACGGUGAGCAGCAAGGGAGGUAAAACAAAAUUCUCCAAAGCUCCCAGUUAAAAAACUGUUGCAAAAUGUUGCAUCUAGUGGUCACCAGGUCUCGAUUACAACCAUUACUGGAGCUUUAACUGCAACCAUGUGCUUUCAACAGAUAAAGAUGGAGUUGCUUUGAAAACACUUCAGGUUGGUUCGAAGUGAAACAUACAAUGGAUUUGUGAAAACCACCUCAUGUCCACUGUUAUGUACAGUGGAAAAUCUAUGAUGGUGUGGACCUGUUGCUCUUCCAAAAGCCCUGGGAACCUUGUUAGCAUGCAUUGCAACUUUGAAAACCCCGGGAGCUUUUAAAGAAAAAUCUGGAGUACUCUGCCAUUAAACUGAAAAUGGGUCAUUAUUGGGUCUUUUGGCAGGAUAAUGAUCCAGACCAUAUGGCCAGAUCAGCACAGAAACAUGGCCAAUCCAAAUCCUUGUUUUUUUCUGUAGAAAACCUGUUGGGUGAGAUGAGGUCAUGGAUCCCUCUGUAUGCCCCAACACUGUGAAACGUUACAGGAGAAGUGCUCUCCUAGUGACUUUUGACAGCAGUGCUCUAAAUGCAGCCAUUGCUCCACCGGUGGUUAAAAAUAAUUAUUUCCAGAGAUGCACCAAUCAGGCUUUUGCAGGCCAAUACCGGUUUCCAGUUUUCUAUGAGAUCUGACCUGCUGAUUCCAGUUUUAAAUGUUUGCAUCUAUUAAAGGGGGUUGACACAUGGAAGGCUCUUCGAUUGUGGUAGUGGUUUUAAGGAAGCAAUUAAAAGAUUAUGAACCAUUAUUACAUCAAAGCUUGACUUAACCCUAUUAAACUCUAAAAAUGCGCAUCAGAGAACAUGCUACUGAUUGAUGUUUUUAUUGACUGAAAAUGGUGGCAAUUCUUAUUUUUCAGCAUUUCACCUGCCAAUCAUCAAUCUGAACCGAUUAAAGGGAGAUUAAUUGGCAGAUUCUGAUCUUGCGCCAAUUGACUCGAGCAUUUCUGAAUUAAAGGAUUAAUUUCUCCAGAGUUUUCAGUGAGAUUAUGCUGCUGCAAUAAAAGAUGAAUUUAUUGGAGGGCUUUGAACACGUCUGUAUCAAGGUUGCCAAGAUAUGUGGCAUGGUUUGUAAGAGAGAAGUUUUUCUGAAGAGCUAUUUGGUUAGAAAUCAUUUGUCUGUUGGUGACUUUGUGUCUUUUGGGUAAAAAAAGCAAAGUGUUCUGUCACAGAGGCAGCUUUUAACUGGAGAGCAUGCUUAUUCAAAGUCAUGCAGUUUUCAGGCCAUUUUACAUGUAUGUUUUUAAUUAAUUUCAUGUCAUUUUAGGUAUCCAUUUCUAAAACAAAGUGUGUAUUUUCUGGGUUUGAGUUAAUUUCUCUAAUCCUGAGUGAACGUAAUUGCAGAAGCAUUUUUUUUUUUGUGGUUCAUGCACUAAGCCUGUCCAAUAAGCUACAUAUAAGGUUUCAGUGACCUGUCACACACUGUGUCCAAAAAAAGAACAAAACUCUGUUGUCGUCAUUCUAAAUGUGGAUUUUUUACUUUUUGUUCUCUGUUCUGAUGUAUGUUAUCUUUUUAUUGCUAUGAUUCUGCUCUGCGAUAUUGAUGGAGUAUAUAGAUGUUGUAAUGGGUUUAUCAAAAAAUGCUAAUUAACUGGUACUCUUUCAUAGUCACUAAAACAUGAAUUCAUUUGAACGCAGGAACAAUCAUUUAAACCACUGCUGCUGUAAAACAUGUUUAGAUCCACAAAUUAUAUUAAAAAAACAUCUGAGAUUAAAAAAAAACUUAUCACCCUGUCCCCUUUCAUUCUGAUCCUGCAUUUAAUUGCAGCUCUUACCUUUCUUUCUGUCUUUUCAGUUUGUGCCUGUAGCUGUAUUGUAAAGUGCUGUAUAAAGUAACCAUUCAGCAAAUGAGAUAAUCUGUCAGCCUCUGUGUCAAGGUUUUAGUCUGUGACUUUGUAGAGAUUUUAUUUGUCAGUUACUUUACUGUGCGUUGGGGAAAUCCUAUGCUCAGCCUUUACAUUUGUGCCAAACUGUUUGCAGACAUUGUGUGUCAUAUAAAAUACAGGUAUAUAUAUCAAAGUAUAUCUGCAUUAGUCUGUUGUCGACCUUAAUCUGUUCACAGAAUGCCUGGGGAUGGCAAGUCAUCUGCUGCUGAAAUAAAGUCACAUUUAAUAGUUAUACUAUUAUUAUCAAAAUAGAAAAAAAAAUAUUCCAGAGUGAUUCAUCUUAUUUUAACCAGUGCUGAGGCAAUACUGUAUGUAUCCCCUCCCCGUCAGACCAAACUCUGGGUAACACAGCUGGUCACACAGAGGUGCAUACAUUGUGAUCCUUUUUUCUACUGUUUUCACAGAGACAAGGUGCAAAGCAGACAGCACAGCUUCCCUGAUGUUAUUUAUUUAUGCGUGUGCUCUGUGCGGUUACGCUUCUUGUACACAUUAGAUCUCAUGUUGAUUUGACAAAGCCACAGUUUUUUUUGUAAAUACAUCAAAUGUGAGAUAUAUUAAAAAGAUUUAAAAUAUGA